AUGUCCGUACACGACCAGGCGGCGGCGGCGGUCCUAUCUCAGUUAGCACUGGCUGCCGAUGGUGCCGUCCUCGGCAUUGCCUUAGCUUACGUUGCAAUCCGCAGUAUCCUCAAAUUCACUGCCACUACAUCAGCUCUCCGCAAAAUCGACAAUGCGCCUUCUGUCCAACCUUCCGACCUCCGUUCUCUCCUCUCCAGCUGUAAUACGGAUAGUAAUAGUAAUACUUGUACGAGCGGAAAUACAAAUCAAUCGAACAGUGAUGGUGGUGGAAAACUCAUAAUUGUUCGCGGCUGCGUGGAGGCGAAAUCAGCGGUGGAGGGGCAAGGGAUGAUCCUGAGAGGUAAUACUAGUAACAUUGUUGUUUCUCAGGAGUCGCGAGAGAAAGGCGUUAUCUUACAGCGAACUCAAACUUGCAUUCAUAACGAAUGGAGGGGUUUCUUUGGAUGGACUUCUGAACUACGCUCUAUACUUGCAAGAUCCUGGAAAGACCAAGAGACCUCCACAAUAAGAACGGUUCCUUUUGUUCUCGUUGAAGCUGGAAGGAGGCCUCAGCCUGGUUAUGUUAUUGUCAACAUGGAAGGAUCAAGACAUUCACUACCUCUGACAACAGUUUACCACCACUUGCAGCCUAUAAGUGCUUCUCCUUACACAUUUCUACAGGCACUUUUUGGCCACGAGUACCCUGUUGGACUGCUUGAUGAAGAGAAAAUACUUCCACUUGGAAAAAAUAUAACAGCGGUAGGCAUUUGCAGCUUGAGAAAUGGGUCUCCAGAAAUCAAAUCAUGCAAAGAUCUUCCUUAUUUUUUGUCUGACUUGACUAAGGAUCAAAUCAUGGCAGAUCUCACCUUCAAAACUAAAGUAUUACUGUUGAGUGGAGUUGUGUUUGGUUCACUAGCAAUAGGUAUCCUUGGCUAUGCUAUUCAAAGGAACUGGAAUAGAUGGAAAGAUUGGAGACAACAGAGGCAAGCACAACAAAACAAUUCUGCCAGUAAUGAUGUUUCUCCUCAGAUUGCAGCAGCCGAAGAGACUGGAGACGUUCCUGAUGGAGAGCUUUGUGUGAUUUGCUUGAUGAGAAGGCGUAGAUCUGCUUUCAUUCCUUGUGGACAUCUGGUCUGCUGCCAGCGUUGUGCCCUAUCAGUUGAACGUGAAAUAUCACCUAAGUGUCCCGUAUGUAGGCAGACAAUUCGGAAUUCUGUAAGAAUAUAUGAUGCUUGA